AUGUUCGGCCGCGUGCUCCGCAGUACGAAGCUCAUGGCGCUUCCUGCUCGCCAAAACGCUCAAGUGCGUCGUCUUAACCUACAUGAAUUUCAAUCGCUCGAGAUCAUGAAGGGAUUUGGCGUCGCAACACCUCUGGGUAUUCCUGCCGACACGCCGGCCGAAGCCAAGGCCGCAUUUAAAAAGAUCCGCGGCGACCGUGAGGGUGUAGAUGUUGUGAUUAAGGCGCAGGCGCUUACGGGCGGUCGUGGCCUUGGUACAUUUAAGAAUGGGUUCAAAGGUGGUGUGCACAUGUGCACAAGACCUGAGCAAGCUGAAGAAUUGGCCAAAAAAAUGCUUGGGGAGACUUUAGUGACCAAGCAAACAGGUGAAAGAGGCAUUAAAGUAGCCAAAGUCUUCCUCAUGGAGCGCGUUUGGAUGCGUCGUGAAAUGUAUUUUUCUAUUCUGAUGGACCGUGCGUCCCAAGGUCCCGUUAUGGUGGCCUCACCUGCGGGUGGAACAUCCAUAGAAGAUGUGGCUGAAGCCACACCGGAAUUGAUCUUUAAGGAGAGCAUCGAUAUCUCCACGGGUCCAACAGAUGCACAAGUAACGCGUCUUGCCAAAGCUUUGGGCGGUGAAGGUGAGGUACUAAAGAAGUUAGAGACACAGAUUAAAAAUCUGUACAAGAUGUUUGUUGGUGUCGAUGCAACGCUUGUUGAGAUCAAUCCAUUGGCUGAAACUCGUGAAGGAGAAAUCUUUGCUUGUGACGCCAAGCUCAACUAUGAUGACAACGCGGCUUUUCGUCAUAAGGACAUCUUUGCGAAACGUGAUAAGACCCAAGAAGACCCCCGUGAAGUGGAGGCCAGUGCUUAUGACCUGAAUUACAUUGGUUUGGACGGUAACAUUGGCUGUCUUGUGAAUGGUGCUGGAUUAGCAAUGGCUACAAUGGACAUUAUCUCCCUAUACGGUGGUUCGCCUGCAAACUUCCUAGAUGUGGGUGGAGGUGCAUCGGAAGCGCAAGUUAAGAAAGCGUUUGAGAUUCUCGAUGGCGAUAACCAAGUCAAAUCGAUCCUCGUAAACAUUUUUGGCGGAAUCAUGCGCUGCGAUGUGAUCGCUGCUGGUAUAGUGGCAGCCGUGAAGGAUUUAGGCCUAAAGAAGCCGGUGAUAAUUCGUUUGCAAGGCACUAAUGUCGAACCUGCGCGCAAAAUCAUUGCCGAGUCGGGUAUCAAAAUGAUUGUCGCCGACGAUUUGGAGGAUGCAGCUGAGAAGGCUGUGAAAAUUGCCGACAUUGUCGCACAGGCGGAAAAAGUGAAAAUUGGCGUUGAAUUUGGUGUGUAA